GCCGAACUGGCACUCAGUGCGCGCGUUCUCUCGCCGCCGGUGGUAGUGUCCGAGGUGCGCGGACGCAUGCGCGCUUUUCCGCGAGCAUGGUGUCUACGCCUAACUGGUGAAGUGUCAUCGUAGUGACGUUGUGAUACAAACAGCAGACGAUAUGUCCUGUGAAAGGAGAACAAAGGCCGCCCGUUUCCUCGACCUGCGGUACAAGAGCGGGGUGCGCUCAGUGAGGGGCGGGGGUGGGGGCGGCGGCGUCGGCGGCGCAGAAGAGGCGCGGCGCGGCGGCCUCAAGGCGCUGCCGAAGCGCGCCCGCACUCGCUGCAGGGGUAUGAACAUGGGGCAAAAGUUGUCCGGCGGUGUCAAGUCGGUGUCGCGCGAGUGCACGGCGCCGUUCAAGGCGGUAGUGGCUCGCGAGCUGGCCCCCGAGCCGCCUCGGCCUGCGCGCCUCGACGCGCUGCUAGACGCGCCGCCUGCGCAUCCCGACACACAAUUAAAGCACGCGUGGAACCCAGAUGACCGGUCGUUAAACAUAUUCGUUAAAGAGGAAGACGCGUUAACAUUCCACCGGCACCCGGUGGCUCAAAGUACGGACUGUAUCCGCGGUCGUGUCGGCUACUCGCGCGGGCUGCACUGCUGGGAGGUGGUGUGGCCCGCGAGGCAGCGCGGUACACACGCGGUGGUGGGUGUGGCAACUGCGCACGCGCCCCUACACUCGGUCGGCUACCAGAGCCUCGUGGGAGCGACAGACCAAAGCUGGGGAUGGGAUCUCGGAAGAAAUAAGGUAUACCACAACGCGAAGGGCACGGGCGGCAGCGGAACUACGUACCCCGCGCUGCUGCGGCCCGACGAGCAGUUCCUCGUGCCGGACCGGCUGCUCGUGGUGCUCGACAUGGACGAGGGCACGCUCGCCUUCUGCGCGGACGGCCGCUACCUCGGCGUGGCGGCGCGCGGCCUGCGCGGGAAGACGCUGUAUCCUAUCGUCUCCGCGGUCUGGGGACACGCCGAAAUAACUAUGAAGUAUAUAGGCGGGCUCGAUCCCGAGCCGCUGCCGCUAAUGGAGCUGUGCCGACGCGUGAUCCGCCAGCGCGUGGGGCGCGCGCGCCUCCGCGCCGCCGCGUCGCGCCUGGCGCUGCCGCCCGCGCUCACCGCCUACCUGCUGUACCGCGCGCCCUAGCCGCCCCGCGCGCCGCCGCCCGCCCCGCCCGCCCGACACCCGCACGCGCACACAGAGACUCCUUACCGCAGUGCCCGACCUCGACCGGAUCGCAUCGUGCCAGAUGACCCGAAACCGUUGACGCCUCUCACGGAGUGGGGGACGAAUCGACUGAGCGAAGUUAACCCCGGCGUCCAGCUUCUGCCCGACUUCGACGAGAUUCAUGAUACUUCUGUGUCCGAGUUCGAUUCGCCACGCAUUCGAUGAACAAUUUAUAGUAGUGCAAUGCGACAGAAUCUCAUUUGCAAAAAAAUAGCUCGU